AACCAUCAGCCAUGGCCUCAAAGAUCUCCAUGGAAAAAUCUCCAGGAUGAAGCUAGUUGUCCCUUCUGGCUGGAAUACUUUAAAGGCCCAGUAAUUAUAGACUGUGGGCACAAUUCCUGCUGAGCCUGCAUCACCCAGUGCUGGGAGGGAUCUGAUACAGACGUCUCCUGCCCUCGGUGCAGAAAACCUGCCCAGAAGAGAAACCUCAGGCCGAACAGGCAGCUGGCAAGUGUCCUAGAAAUAGCCAAAUGACUGGGGUUACAGGUACCAAAGGGAGCAGGAGGGGAGAGAUUGUGUGGGGAACACCAGGAGCCUCUCAAACUGUUCUGUGAAGAGGAUCAAACAAACCUUAAUCUGCCUGGUUUACAACAGAGCUCAGGCUGCGAGUCCGCUAGAGGAAACUUCCCAGGAGUACAAGUUACAGUGAAGAGGAAGAUUUUCUCAUUCUGCUGCUGCUCCACAAAGAUCUCUUCUAUGCGUGGCUUUAUCAUGUUCUUAUUUGAUUUCCACAUUCACCAUCUGGUCUCAGCUCGGUUUAGAGUCAUUGGCCCUGACCAGCCUGUCACUGCCAUUGUGGGAGAGGACAUUGUGUUACACUGUCACCUGUCCCCCAGGAUGAGCGCUGAGAAUAUGGAGGUGAUAUGGUUCCGGUCCCAGCUCUCCCAGUUUGUUCAUCGCUAUAGUGAUGGGAAGGAUCAGACUGAAGAUCAGACACCAGAGUACCAGGGAAGGACAGUGUUUCUGAGAGACAGCAUUGCCAAUGGAAAUGUUUCCCUGAGGAUACACAAUAUCAUAUCCUCUGAUGAGGGACAAUAUAGGUGUUUUGUUCAGUCAUUGACAUUUUAUAAUGAAGCCACAUUGGAACUGAAAGUAGCAGCUUUAGGCUCUGAUUCGCAGCUCUCUGUUGAGGGUUAUCAGAAUGGAGGGAUCCGGGUGGUUUGUCAAUCCAUUGGUUGGUACCCAAAGCCCCGGGUGCUAUGGAGAGAUCUCGGUGGACAGCAUCUACCGUCACUCUCUGAAACAUCCCAAGUGGAUGAUGGCCUGUUUGAAGCACAAACUACAAUCGUUAUCAUAGAAAACCAGAAGUUGUCCUGUGUUGUCUGGAACAGCCACUUCAAUCAAGAAAAGGAAUCAACAAUUUAUGUAUCAGAUGUUUUCUUCUCAAAGGUCUCCCUGUGGAUCGUGGCUCUGUGUGUGAUCCUGGUGGUUCUGUUUGUUUGCAUUGGCCUCAUUGUUUAUCUCUUCAAAAUGAAAGUACUGACAGGUCCUGCUCCUAGUGAUAUCCCUGCUCGCCAGCCGCCUGCCCACCAGCGAGAAACUUGCAGCAGAACUUAGAUGGAGAAGAG